UCAUGUUUACGACUUUUCAAGCGGGGAGGUGGGAGCUUCCGACGAGCACGUGAAGGCAGCAAGAGACGAAGUAAGCAAAAAAGAGGAAGAAAUCCACGUAGCUUAUCUUGGAUCGGAUGCAUGUAAUGGUACAGACAUUGAAUACCUCGAUGUGUGCGGUUAUUUGAAGAAACACCACAUUCAAAAAGAGGAUACCGGUGUUCAUACUGGCGGGGUAAAGCGGACUGAUUCACUCUGGUCCUGUUUGCUGAAAGGAGAGGAAGAAAAUGGAGCUGGAGGACGGAGUUGUGUACCAGGACGACCCGGGGACAUCAGCGAUGAUGUCGGAGCGGGUAUCGGGCCUGGCCAACUCCAUCUACCGCGAGUUUGAGAGGCUCAUCGGCAAAUACGACGAGGACGUGGUGAAGGAGCUGAUGCCGCUGGUCGUGGCCGUGCUGGAAAACCUCGACUCAGUGUUCGCGGAAAACCAGGAGCACGAAGUGGAGCUGGAGCUGCUGAAGGAGGACAACGAGCAGCUCAUCACCCAGUACGAGAGGGAGAAAGCACUAAGGAAACAUGCAGAGGAGAAGUUUAUUGAGUUUGAGGACACUCAGGAACAGGAGAAGAAGGACUUGCAGAACCAUGUGGACAGAAUGGAGUCCCACUCCCGACAGCUGGAACUCAAGAUCAAGAACUAUGCAGACCAGAUCGGCAGGUUAGAAGAGCGGGAGUCGGAGCUCAAGAAGGAAUACAACUCCCUCCAUCAACGACAUACGGAGAUGAUUCAUAAUUACAUGGAGCAUGUAGAGAGGAUCAAACUGCAGCAGAUGAAUGAGACCUCAGAGUCGGGCACGCUGGGUCGAGUCAGGAAAGAGCGGCCCCUCUCACUAGGGAUCUUCCCAUCAUCUGGAGGGGGCUCUCUGCUGAUCCCAGACCCCCAGGCCAGAGCAGAGACACCAAACACAGAGAGCUGGAGGUUCACCGACCCGGCACAGCCACGCUCCAACGCAAGCCUCAAGUUGGAUUUGGACGACCCCCCAAAGAAAAGGGAGGGUAAGAGUGCGCAGGACUCUUCUUGGGGGAAUUCACUGGCAGACGACUGCAAGGAUGAGAUGUCAGACUUCAGCGGCUCCAAGUCGGCCACACCGAUGUCCACCACGGCCUCGGACAUGGACAGGGAGGACGGGAACAGUAAGAGCACAGAGGUGCAGGCAGCACCGGGGACCAGGUCCAUAUCUGUGGGUUUGCCUGAAAAUGAGGAGAGCUCAGAUGUGCAGGACAUCAUUGAGUCCACUCCUGAGCUGGACAUGGAUCUCAGUGGAUACAAGGCAUCCAGCACCCCCACCAAAGGCAUCGAGAACAUGGCGUUUGACCGUAACACGGACUCCCUGUUUGAGGAGCUGUCGUCUGCAGGCACAGGGCUCAUAGGGGAUGUGGAUGAAGGGGCUGAUCUGCUAGUGGAGUACUCCGACCUUAGUUUGCUUGGCAUGGGCCGUGAAGUUGAAAAUCUCAUUCAGGAGAACACGCAACUGCUGGAGACAAAGAAUGCCCUGAACGUGGUGAAGAAUGACCUGAUAGCACGAGUGGACGAGCUGAUCUGUGAGAAGGAGGUGCUGCAGGGGGAGCUGGAGGCCGUGCUGCAGGCCAAGACCAAGCUGGAGGACAAGAACAGAGAGGUGGAGGAGGAACUCAAAAAAGUGCGUUUGGAGAUGGAGGAAGUGAAGCAGAAGUCUAAAGAUGAAGAAGAUAGCGAUGUGCCUACGGCUCAGAGGAAGCGCUUCACCCGGGUGGAGAUGGCCCGUGUGCUGAUGGAGAGGAACCAGUACAAAGAGAGGCUGAUGGAGCUGCAGGAGGCCGUACGGUGGACAGAGAUGAUCAGGGCCUCGAGGGAAAAUCCCACUCUCACAGAAAAGAAGAGAUCCAGCAUUUGGCAGUUCUUCAGCAGACUGUUUAGCUCCUCCUCCUCCAGCACCCCUGCCAUAAAGAAGGCGGACCUGCAGUCCAACGUGAGGUACAACGCCCCGGGCAGCCUGGUGAAGAGGAGUAGCACCUUCUCCCAAUUCCCCACGGAAAAGUCCAAGACCUUCGACUUCCUCAAUGAGGACCUCACAACCAAUCAGAAUCCACCGCAAGAAGAAAUGGACCCAUGCAAUUCGCCGUCCCGUAAGGAGCAGAAGAGAGCCCAGUACAGACAGGUCAAGGCGCACAUGCAGAAGGAGGAUGGAAGAAUCACUGCACACGGCUGGAGCCUGCCCAGUAAAUACAAGGUGGCAAAUGGUGGUCAGACGGAGAACAAAAUGAACUUACCUGUACCUGUAUACCUGAGACCUCUGGAUCAGAAAGAUGUUUCCAUGAAGCUGUGGUGCGCGGCGGGGGUGAACCUGUCCGGGGGGAGGACUUCAGAGACAUCAGAGGUCAUCAAGCAGAGGAAGGGCUCCCAAAGCAGCUUGGACCAAUUAGAGCAAGACAGCAAGGAUCAGGAGAAAGGGGAGCAAGAGAAGGAGAGGGAGCUGAUCCACCAGGACGAGAUCUCCUCCAGGGUGUGGGUGUGCACCAGCACCCACUCCUCCACCAAGGUGAUGGUGCUGGAUGCCAGCCAGCCCUCUGACCUGCUGGACAGCUUCUAUGCCUGCAACACUCAUGUGCUCUGCAUUGCCAGUGUGCCAGGUGUGUUAGAGACCGACUUCCCGGCAGGUGAGGAGGUUCCCCAGGACAUGGAGGCCAGCCAGGGUGACGGGGUGUCGCUGGCGGGCAGUGUGGCCAGUGUGGGCUCCACGGGCAGCGAUGGUGCCAUGGCUGCAGAAGGGACGACCGCCAUUCCUCAGACGGCCAAUUCAGGAACCACCGACCAGCCGGCGGAGCACGGCAGCAUCUCUGGCUCAGUGCCUGCAUCCGAGCUGUCCAGACAGAGCAGCCCGGCAGAAGACGGCGUCCCCACAGCAGAGGAGGCAACAGAGGCAACAGAAGCUAAUGCUGGGGUGGGCGAAGGAGAGGAGGGCCAGGGAGUGGAUCAGACCCAGCCGGGGAUCUACACAGAGCACGUGUUCACCGACCCGCUUGGGGUGGGACCCACCGACUCCUCUGCUGCUGACCCACAGAGGAGCUCCGACCAGGACGGCGAGGUUUCCUUGCCUGAGGACAGAGAUCCGUCUGAAGGGGAGGUCCUGAGGAUGAGCAGCGCUCUGCCCACCAUGUGGCUGGGGGCCCAGAAUGGAUGUCUGUAUGUCCACUCGUCUGUUGCUCGAUGGAGGAAGUGUCUCCAUGCCAUCAAGCUGAAAGACUCCAUUCUCAAUAUAGUGCAUGUGAAGGGGAGAGUCCUGGUGGCGUUGGCAGAUGGGACAUUAGCAAUAUUCCACAGAGGCAUCGACGGUCAGUGGGAUCUGACCAACUACCACUUGUUAGACUUGGGCCGGCCCCACCACUCUAUCCGCUGCAUGACGGUGGUGCAUGACAAGGUGUGGUGCGGCUACAGGAACAAGAUCUACGUGAUCCAGCCGAAGGCCAUGAGGAUAGAGAAGUCAUUUGACGCCCAUCCGCGCAAGGAGAGUCAGGUGCGGCAGCUGGCCUGGGUGGGAGACGGCAUCUGGGUGUCCAUCCGCCUGGACUCGACGCUGCGGCUGUUUCACGCCCACACCUACCAGCACCUGCAGGAUGUGGACAUCGAGCCCUACGUCAGCAAGAUGCUGGGCACGGGCAAACUGGGCUUCUCCUUUGUGAGGAUCACAGCUCUCAUGGUGUCCUGCAGUCGGCUGUGGGUGGGGACGGGGAACGGGGUCAUCAUCUCCAUCCCCCUGUCUGAAGCCACAGGUCCUCAGCAGGGACACUCACUGAGGGGCCUGAGGGCCAACAAAACGACGGGAACAGUGCCAAAUCGGCCCGGCGGCGCAGUCCGGGUGUACAGCGACGACUGUACAGACUACACCAUGCCAGGCAGCUUCGUGCCAUACUGCUCCAUGGCCCAUGCCCAGUUGUGUUUCCAUGGACACCGAGAUGCUGUCAAGUUUUUUGUUUCCGUGCCAGGCCAGGUGAUGCCUCCUCCAGGCAGUGCAGAUUCCGGCUCUGACGACCCUGCGUCCGAAUGCUCGGACACAGCCACGUCCGAACCAAAAUCCUACCUGGUCAUGAGCGGAGGCGAAGGUUAUAUUGACUUCAGAAUCGGCGACGAGGGCAGCGACCUGGACGGUUUGUCAGAGCCGACACCCAGGCCGCAGUCGGCGCCCACCAAGGCCGAACGCAGCCACCUCAUCGUCUGGCAGGUCGCAGCCUGUCAUGAAUGAGCCAAUCACGGACUGCCAUCUCAACGCCAGGGUCACCCACCAACCCCCCGCAUGCUCCGCCCCUUGGUUUUUGAUUUGAUAUUACUGAUUGUUCUUAAUACCUGAGUAGGUAACUACUUUGUAAAAAAACAAAACAACACACAAUUAUUUUUAGUCCAUGUUUUGUACAGCGUAUUCUUUAUGAACUUGAAGUUGGAUUGGCGAGGUUUGAGUUAAGUUAAAGAAUCCGUCCGAGGAAGUGUUCCCUCCUGUUGUGUGGCGUGUUGGAACCACUUGUGCACAUGAAGAAAAGGGCCAAGUUAACAGAGACCAAGGCAUAGUUUGCUAUGGUGAUGAAAUGGCGUAGUUCGCUUCCCCAAUGUUGGAAAAGGGUUAUGAUAUGAAGGACACGUGAGUGUGAAAGGGAAAAUGAUUGCAAAUCACUUGAAAUGUUUUUGUAGUCAUAUUUUUAGUUUACAUCACUUAGUAUGAAAAGAGGGAACGGGAAGUUUUAAGGCUAACCGAAAAUGCAUUUUAUACUUUACACAUGAGACUUUUACAUAUGUACACCACAUGUCUGUGCACCUGUGCUCAUCGGGAGUGUGUGUCUGAGUGUGUGUCUGAGUGUGUGUCUGAGUGUGUGUGUGUGUGUGUGUGUGUGUGUGUGUGUGUGUGUGUGUGUGUGUGUGUGUGUGUGUUUAUCCAUUGUUGUUUCUCCUGUGUUGAGCAUUUUUAUGACCUUUACCACAUGGGCUGGGUAUCAAAAUAAUAUGCGCUGGUAUCGAUAUGUAUUAGAAAGCCUCGAACCGUUUGAUUCUUGGAAGUUUUCUUGUAGCCUACGAUUUAAGAAGAAAAUUGAUUCUUGCACUGUAUGAGCAUAUAUAGAAAAGCAGCUAGCAUGUACAAAUGGUACAGAAAAUAAUUUGCUCUGUUGUGUAAUCAUACAUGCUUUCACUCGACAGAGGAAGAUGCAGAAAAAAGUAUUUAUUUUGACGUUGGUGUAGUAUUAAAAUUUGAUUGAUACCCAGCCCUGUUUGCCACUGACCUUUCUGUUUUUUCCUACCUUCGUGAUAGCAUUAAUCUUUCAGCAAUGUUGGGGUACGUUAGGGUUACCUGUGCAUACGAAGGCCAGGUCACUGUAGGUUAGCAUUAGCCUGCAUGGGACAGUCCUGCAUCUCCGUCCAGUUGUCUGCCUGCUCCGCCGUGUUAAAGCUCAGCCCUGUCCUGUCCGGUUCACCGAGGAAAUCUGCCUGUGCCGCCAGUUCGGGGCUUCCUUUAUGCUACAGCUCGUCGGCACUUUAAAUCGUAGUUGUUAGUCGCUUGAGGUUUUGAAGACCACCUGUGGUAAUGAACACUAAUAUGUGCUAACUGUAUGGAGGGAAUGUUCUGUAACAAGACUUUUGAUUUGUAGUGAGGCGUCACCCCACCAGUAACCAAAGGAAAAAAAAGGCAAAACGUUUUGGAGCCAUUUCAUGAGCAUCUUACCAGUUGUCAUCUUCUCUGAGUUUCUCUGAGUCUUGUAACCGUAGUAAUAUGAAGGAUAACUACCCUUCUUAGGGCAUCAUCUUUGAAAACAUGAUUAACAGGGAAUUUUAAUAAAAAUAACCUUUUUUUGUGUGUGUGUGGCACCUUUUAAUGGACAUGCAUUAGGGAGGAUCACCUUGAUUGGUUCAUUAUUCCUUGUUUUGUUGUUACAAAACGGAGGCCCAGAAGGCAAUUAUAAUUAUAAUUAUUAUUGUUAUUGUUGUCCUUUUUUAUUUUGUUUUAUUUUAUUUUAUUUUUUUCUUUCCCUUUUGGGCAAUGUGUGUUUUUUGUACUUGUCUGUUAGGUGUUUUUAUUAAGUAAUCAGUAUUUUGGUGUCUGUAAUAUGAUAGCAGGAUACCAAUAAUAGGCAGGUGUUUUGAUUUGUUUUUAUAUCUGAAAAGUUGGGCCAGAACUGGCCCUCAGUCCAUUUCUUUUCCACUUCAGAAGAAUAACUUUAUAUCGUGUUGUAGCCAUUCCAGUAUUUAUUUCCUUUGUUAUUGAGCCUGUCUUGGUUCAGAAUGUAACUUUCUACAUGAACAAAAUAUAAUAGGAGGCUAUUACUUGUAAAGAAAAAAAAAUAGUCCAGUGAGUUUACAUGAUUGUUAAUAAUGGUUAAAUGAGAAGAAAUUUAAGUAAUCAUGUUGGAAAUUUUUGUCAAACCAUAAAUUCCAAACUGUCCGGACAAUAAUUUAGGUGGUUUUUGAACAACGCAUUCAUUGUACUAAGCUAUGCAUGUUUUUUUUAAGAGAACACUGCUAUGUUAUCAGCUAAAUCCCUGUUUAUUGCCACCGUUUUGGGUGGGGUGGAUGUGGUCUGCAUGUAUAUUUGGGUGUGUGUGUGUAUGUGAGAGUGUGUAAGCGUGUGUGUAUGCUUGAGAGUAAGACACAUUUGUCAACGUGCGUUUGAUUUUGUAAAUGUGGGGUUUCUGUAAGCUCACUGUACGUGUACUGUAACUGUAAUACCCCAGAGAACGGUCUCAUGUAUCAGCUGUACCAGGCUUCUCUCUCUGGACCCCGGACACCAUAACUGUGGUUCCUCCUGGUCAAUGUUUGCUAAAACAGCAUCAUAGCCUUAUUUUUAACAAUCUAUUAAACUCAAUUUCAUGGGGAA